AUGAGCUUGCUCACACCUUGUGGGAAUAGCGUAAAUCUAAACAAUUACAUUUUCGCGCACAAUCUAGCUACUAGAGGGUGCCGCUCCGAAGUUCCGGACCCGCCAAUAUCCAAUCCUGGAACUUUCGUCUUCUGGAGCAUCCCAUUCCGCCUCCACUGUCAAACGUGCCUUGUCCGCUUCCCCACAAAUUCUGAAUUUUGUGCGGAUACUUGCCUCCCAGCCAAUCUCUCAAAGCCCUCAAACAAACAAUCGCCAGUAGCCCGCGCUACAACGAUCCAUGCACUCCGCAAUUUGAUCGAAACUCCGUGGAGACCGCAUUGGUGUUAUUGA